AUGGAGUUCAAAAAGCCCUGGGGCUAUUCCUGGCGGUCAUCCCGGUUUCUGAUCGUUUCCUCGAUCACAGUUGCUUUAUUCGCAGAGACAUUUCUCUAUGGGUUUCUCACCCCCAUUUUGAGUUAUAUGCUUGAAGAACGACUGCAUAUCGACCCAUCGCAAACACAGAGAUAUACCACGGCAUUGCUCACGAUUCAUGGAUUCGUUGGUCUGAUUGCAGCUCCAGCCAUCGGCUACCUUGCCGAGAAGACCACAAGCCAGAAGAAGCCGCUAUUGAUCUCUCUGGCAGGAUGCUUGGUGGGAACGUUGAUGAUCGCUCUCGCCUCUUCUGUCUGGGUUCUAUUUCUUGGUCGCGUUCUGCAAGGCGCCGCAGGUGCUGGCACUUGGGUAGUCGGAUUUGCUUUGUUGGCUAAUAACGUGGACAAAGAAAACUUAGGAGCAUCGAUGGGAAUGGCAAUGUCAUUCGUCACUGCAGGAAUCCUCGGAGGACCAACAGUCAGCGGUACAUUGCUGGAACUUUUUGGUUAUUGGACCGCGUGGUCGCUGCCCUUGGUUGUACUGGCUCUGGAUAUCAUCGCUCGUGUGAUCAUGAUCGAACCUCGGUCUGAGUCCUCGAUGCAUGCCUCGGACAAUGGGAUAAAAUCCUCUAGCACUCCGAUUCCCAACAACGAAGCAGCACCCGGGGAGUCCACUACUCUGCUAUCUGACGCACCGUCCACCAUCAAGCAAAAGGACUAUGAAGCAGAGAACAAGGGCGACCAAAAGAUGAAGUUUUACAAGGUCAUGCUUUCUGAGCCUCGAGUGUUGAUUGCUUUGGCAAAUGUGGUAGUGGUCGCUGCUCUUGGGUCGGGCAUCAAUAACACCCUUCCUGUCCACCUGCGUGAUACGUUUGGCUGGAAAAGCUUUUUUAUCAGCAUGAUGUUUUUCUGCCUACAGGUUCCCAAUAUCUUUUUCAGUGGACCAGCUGGAUGGCUUCGUGAUCGACUCGGCCUACGGGGCCCGGCCACCUUAGGUUGGAUUGGACUUACCCCUCUGGUCCUACUUAUGGGGAUACCAGGAGAUUCGCAUUUCCCGUGGGCAGGAGGUGACGCAGCUGGAAAGGUUAUAUUUACUUGCACUCUGAUUGCUUUGGGGAGUGUUUAUUCUCUGGUGCGCGGUGUUGGAGCAGUGCAGAUGGCCUAUGUGGUUAAGGACAUGGAAGCCAAAGACCCGAUUCUGUUUGACGCCAACAUAAGCAAUUUGCGAGUAUUUUCCAUUACGGAAGUGGGGUUCAGCAUCGGAAUGAUGUUUGGACCCUUGUUGACCGGCUCGCUGUUUGAAACCAUCGGCUUUUUCUAUAUGACUGUGGCAUUAGCUGCUGUCUGCCUUGUUCAAGCCAUUGCUUCAUGGCGUUGGCUGGAUACCAAGCAUCCAACCGAGGAAACCGAAUCUCCUGCUUAG